GCGUCUGCAGAUCUAAAGUAUUCUUAGUUUGACUUCCAUCAUGGCACAAUAUAAUUUUGAGGGUGAAAUUCAAAACAUCCAUGAUCGUCAGCUGGAAUUUAUUAACAGUGUGAUAGAAAAAUUAGGAUACAAGAACAGCAAAGUGACGUUUAAUGCUGUUGGAACGGCAGGUGACAAUUAUGUGGCAAAUGUGAAAAGGAUCAUUGUGGAGGGAGAAAAUGGCAAUUUGUCCAUAAUUGCCAAAAUAGCGCCGACAUCAGAAGUCCUGCGACAAACGUUUGAUAGUGGACCUUUGUUCGGUAAUGAGAGUUUUGUGUACUCGAAAGUCUUACCGAAGUUCUUGCAACUGCAAAAGCAGGCGGGAGUGCCAGUAGAAGAACAGAUUAAGUUCCCGAAAUGUUACGGAUCUCUCAGUGAAGCUCCCAAUGAAGUGAUACUGCUGGAAGAUGUGAAACUGAGCGGUUAUACUAUGCUGGAUCGAUUUAUACCCCUCACAGACUACGUUGUGAAAGGUGUUUUAAAAAGUUUAGCAGUGUGGCAUUCAAUGUCUUACGUCUUAAAAGUGAAGGAGCCUGAAACUUACAAUCUCUUCAGGGAUACCUUAGUAGACUUAUGGGGAAUUAUGGCUGAAAAGAAAGAUAGUCCAGCACUUGUGUUUUUGAACCAAAUCGAAACUAUGGCCAUUGGCAUUUUAGCUGAUUACCCAGAGUACCAAAAUAUUUUGAGACACAAAGUUUCUGGUUCAAUAGAAAAAGCGGCGAAGAUGCAAAAAGUUGAAUAUGGGAAUAGAUUUGCAGUUAUUCAACAUGGCGAUACUUGGACUAAUAAUAUUAUGUUCAAGUUUGAGGGAGACGAAUUAACGGAAGCCAUGUUAAUAGACUACCAAGGUGCGAGGAACUCAAGCCCUGUCAGCGACCUCAUGUAUUUCCUCUUCACCUGCACCCAUCACGAAGCUAGAGUAGAAUAUUACUACGAAUGGCUGGACUACUAUCACUCGCAACUAGAGAAUUCACUAUCAAACUUCGGAAUAAAAGCCAACUAUGUCUACCCUAGGGAUCAGUUAGACGCUGAUAUGAAGAGGUAUGGCAAAUUAGCUCUGGGCAACUCUAUAGUAACAAAUAGCAUGAUAGUACUGAAACCCGAAGAAGCCAGUAAGGUUAAAGACCAGAUGGAGUCGGCUGAUAUGAGUAACAUAAAUACAGUGAACAAUAUGGAACCUACAACAAUGUUGGCAUACAAGAAGAAGCUUAUUGGAAUUCUGGAGAGUUUUGACAGGUUCGGUUUAUUGUGAUUCUACCACUACCAAUCUAUUUAGUAU